AUGGCUUCGACAUCCCAAUCCUCCAAGAUGGCUGGCUUCACUGUUGGCCUGAUUGGCAUGGGUGAUAUGGGCAAGAUGUAUGCCCGGAGACUUAGCAGCGCAGGUUGGAGGAUCAUGGCCUGCGAUAGGGAAGAGAAAUAUGAUGAGCUGGUCAAAGAGUUCGAGGGGAAUAACAAUAUACAAAUCCUCCGCAACGGUUAUCUCGUGUCUCGCGCCAGCGAUUAUAUUAUCUACAGUGUCGAGGCGGCGGUCAUCGAUCGUGUCGUCGCCCAGUACGGUCCAUCGACCAAGCUCGGUGCCAUCGUUGGCGGCCAGACGUCCUGUAAAGAUCCCGAGAUCAAGGCCUUCGAAAAGUACCUGCCCGCCGACGUUGACAUCGUAUCCUGCCACUCCCUCCACGGUCCCAAUGUCGAUCCCAAGGGCCAGCCGUUGGUGCUCAUCAAGCAUCGCGCCUCCGACGAGUCUUUCGCCAAGAUCGAACAGGUACUCUCCUGCCUCAAGUCCAAGGUUGUCUACUUGAGCGCCGAGGAACACGACCGCAUCACGGCCGAUACCCAAGCCGUCACCCACGCUGCUUUCCUCAGCAUGGGCAAGGCCUGGCACGCGACCAAGCAAUUCCCCUGGGAGGGAACCCGUUAUGUCGGCGGCAUCGAAAACGUCAAGAUCAACCUCAUGCUCCGCAUCUACGCUCAAAAGUGGCACGUCUAUGCUGGCCUCGCCAUCCUCAACCCUGAAGCCCACAAGCAGAUCGCCCAGUUCGCCAAGUCCACCACCGAGCUGUUCUACCUCAUGCUGGAGGGUCGCGGUGACGAGCUCCGUGCCCGCGUCUACGUCGCCAAGGAAAAGGUCUUCGGCGCCGAGGGAAGCCCCAAGUGGGAGAGCAAGCCUCUCCUCCGCGACGACGUGCUCGACCAGUUCAGCCUCCGCCCGCCCGAGAACACCGACCCUUCGACCCCGUCCCUGCCCAACAACCAUCUCUCGCUGCUGGCCAUGGUCGACUGCUGGAGCGCCCUGGGCAUUGUGCCGUACGACCACAUGAUCUGCUCGACUCCCCUGUUCCGACUCUGGCUGGGCGUGACCGAGCACUUGUUCAGGACCCCGGGCUUGCUGGAUGAGUGCUUGAAGGUCGGCAUUGAGGAUCGCACUUUCCGAAGGGACGACUUGCAGUUUACUAUUGCGGCUGCGGGUUGGGCUGAGUGUGUUGGUCUGAGACAGUUCGAGACGUGGAGAGAGCGGUUUGCGGUUACCCAGGCUUUCUUCGAGCCGAGGUUCAAGGGAGCGGUGGAGGUGGGUAACGCAAUGAUCAAGGCUGUUUUGGCGAGUGAUGAGAAGGAUUAA